CUGAGUUGUGACUGAAGGAGUUUGAUGGUCACAGCGGUGGAUAUGCGACAUAAAGCCACAGCAGCGCUCCGCACUCUUCCAGGUUUAGAGAAACAUUUGCACACGCGUUUUGCGACGUGCGUAAAUAACGGAACUGCUUUCUGACCAACAACAAACGCACUUAGGCUAAAUCCAUCGAUGCUAACUGCACGCGGCUCACCGUGUUCUUAGCGUUAGUGAACUAAUCCAGCUGCAGUGCAUUUAAUGUUGAACUAUUUUUGUAGUCGUCAGAAAAUGUAGUUUAAAACGCUCCAGAUGUCAUUUGGUCUGUGAGCAUGGAUGUGACGCAAGUGCAACAGUAACGUUACCUAUUUUGAUGCGCAUUUAGUGUCACAAGCUGACGGUCUGUCUCGCCUUUCGUCUGCGACCUAUUUGAAUGGUGCCGUCACGCCGUUAAUCUUUAAUUUCCGCGCACUGCUGUGAGCAAAAACAUCCAGUCGCGCCGAAGCAGCGGGGUUAGAAGAAGUUCCCCAUCUAAACUCACCCCUCUGGCUCUACUGCUCAAAUGGGGUCUAAUGGAGACCUCGACGCACACUCGCAGUGUCUCAGCAGCACUGGGGACCUGGUCCUGGACAAAGCAGUCCAUCAGUGGAUGGCCUGGGAUAAGAAUCCUCAGACAUGGAAGCAGAUGGAGUCUCUGGUGCGAGAGGGGCGUGUGGUGGAGCUGAGGAGGAGGUUGUGCUCCAGGAUGACAUUUGGAACCGCUGGAUUGAGAGCGGAGAUGGGUGCGGGGUUUGCUUGCAUCAAUGACCUAACUGUCAUCCAGUCUACACAGGGAAUGUACAAGUACUUAGCCAAAUAUGUCCCUGACCUGAAAAAAAGAGGGCUGGUGGUCGGGUUUGACACUCGUGCCCAAACGAGUAGUGGCUGCACCAGUGAACGACUUGCAAGGUUGACUGCUGCUGUUAUGCUUUGUAAAGAUGUCCCUGUCUAUCUAUUCUCUACAUAUGUGCCUACCCCAUUUGUGCCAUAUGCUGUGAUGAAGUAUGGAGCUGCAGCUGGUGUCAUGAUCACUGCAUCUCAUAAUAGAAAAGAGGACAAUGGCUACAAGGUUUACUGGCACAAUGGUGCACAGAUCUCCUCUCCACAUGAUAAGGAGAUCUUGCGUUGCAUUGAGGAGAGUAGUGAACCCUGGCCCGAGUCCUGGAAUGAGGACCUAGUUGAAAGCAGCCUCUUACGGAGAGACCCACUGGAGGACGUCUGCUGCUCGUACAUGGAAGAGCUAAACACUAUCUGCUUCCACAGAGAGCUUAACACAAUGUCUCCCCUGAAGUUUGUGCACUCAUCUUUCCAUGGUGUUGGUCACAACUAUGUCCAGAGAGCCUUUCAGCAGUUUGGCUUUCCACCUCCCAUCCCUGUUCCAGAACAGAAAGAUCCAGAUCCAGAUUUUUCCACUGUCAGUUGUCCUAACCCAGAGGAAGGAGAAUCAGUUUUGGAACUGUCCCUUCGUUUGGCUGAGAGAGAAGAGGCCCGCAUUGUUGUGGCCACAGACCCUGAUGCUGAUCGCUUGGCUGUUGCAGAGCAGAAUGACAAUUGUGGUUGGAAAGUGUUCACGGGAAACGAGUUGGCUGCAUUGCUCGGCUGGUGGAUGUUGUUUAACUGGAAAGAAGCACACCCUGACCCAGCAGAUACGGAGAGAGUAUGCAUGCUGGCCACCACUGUUUCUUCCAAAAUACUUAAAGCCUUUGCACGCAUAGAAGGCUUUCAUUUUGAGGAAACAUUGCCUGGCUUCAAAUGGAUUGGAAAUAGAAUCCAUGAAUUAACAAAAACAGGAAAGGAGGUCAUUUUUUCCUUUGAAGAAUCCAUUGGGUUUUUGUGUGGGAACAUGGUUCUUGAUAAGGAUGGAGUCAGUACAGCAGCUGUUGUGGCUGAGAUGGCUGCUUAUCUACACACCAAAAACCUUUCCAUGAACCAACAACUAAUCAACGUCUAUGAAAUAUAUGGCUAUCACAUUUCCAGAACAUCCUAUGUCAUCUGCAAUGACCCACCAACUAUUCAUAGAAUAUUUAGCCGUCUGCGCAAUUCUGGGGGUUCAGGUGUUUACCCAGAAUCAUGUGGUGACUACUGCAUCACACACAUCAGAGAUGUGACCACUGGUUAUGACAGCAGUCAGCCUGACAAAAAAUGUGUCCUUCCAUUGUCAAGAAAUAGCCAAAUGGUCACAUUCACAUUUCAGAAUGGCAUUGUUGCGACACUUAGGACCAGCGGCACUGAGCCAAAGAUCAAGUAUUACACAGAAUUCUGUGCAGCACCAGGCGAACGUGAUAUCUCCAGUCUGGAGGAGGAGUUAAGGAAAGUGACCGCUGCUCUAGUUGAAGAAUUUCUAGAGCCUGACAAGAACAGCCUGCUUCACAGAUCAGUGUAGCUUAAUUUAAAUAGUGGUAAGUUCAUUGUCUUCAUGGGCAUCUUGUGUAAAACCAGUCCCAAAGGCCUGUCAGUGAACCGUUCUGUCAGUGUUGUUUUAUCACUGUGAAAUGAUUUGAAGCAUAAUCACCUUAUGGCUCUCAAACAAAAAAGUAAACAUGACUGCUUAUUCAUUUUAGUGGUUUAUGUAUGACAAAAAAUAUUGUCAUGAUCAUUUUGUUCUUUUGCAAUUGAAUGUCUUGCUCAGAGAAAGAAAUCCUCAAGGCUUUAACAUUUUUCAAGAGUGUCACAUUACUACUAUAACAUCUGCUGUAUUAGGCCCACUUGCUAUGAACCAUAGUAAGAGUGAUAUUGAAAUCUGGACACCAGCAAACAUCGAACCGAUGUUUGCUGGUGUCCAGAUUUCAAUAUCACUCUACGUAGACAAUAUGGUAGACCUGGUCUGCUGGUUUUUCUCAGAGGUUUUGCUGAGAGCUGCUGCUGCUACCUUUUUAAAGCUCUAUGAGCAUGUGUAUUUGUUGUGCUCUCAUAAACCUGUGUCCAUAUUGUAUUUAUAACUCUAUCUCUGUUGAUGUUCACCCCCUUUAUAUAGUUAUAUGCAUUGAUAAUCAGUAGGCAGGCAGGACAGCACCUUAUUGCUCCCUGAAUUUCUGCUGGCUUUCUCAUGCUGAAUACGCACAGGGUAAUGAAUGAAAGAAUCAAUGUAUUAUUUUUGAAGCUUUUGAUUUCUGCUGUGUUUGAUGGGCAUAUUUGACCUUUGUGGGUUAUAUACACAAUAAAUCAAAGGUUCAGUGUGCAAACAAGACAAGCAGGGCAUUGCAUUCUACCAAUAGAUACAGACAAGGAGAAGUAAGAUAAUCUUUCACUCUUUAGCUAAUUGGUAACUUAAACACCCACAAGAAAAAAAAUAAUAAUAGGGGUCCAUUCGGUUCUUCGUACCUUGCUUAAUAGAUCUGAGAUGAUUUGAAAGAUGCCAGAUAUUCUAAUCGUGAUAACUGCUCUCUGGCUAAUUUGGUUCUUCAAACGAAUUUGCGGAUUUGAUUAAAAUAUCAGGGUAAAGUUGUCUAAGAUUACUGCGCGUUUUUGUGUUCCCUGGAAAGGGCUGAUGUAUCGAUACUCGACCAGAGAUGGGCACCACUCGAGUUAAGGACUCGAGUCGCAUUUUUAUAGACUUCAGACUCGACCUGUAAUGACUCCAGACUUGACUCGGCUCAAGGAAAAGUACUUGUGAAUAUUUUAAAAGCAACUCGAGUCUUAAUCCUU